AUGACCUACAAUCGUAUUUGGCCAAUGAACAGCGUAGAAGAAAUGCAAGCAAAAGCUCAAGAACUGCAGAAAACCAACCAGCUAUUUGCAGCUGUGGCAUUUGAUCUUCCCUCUGAAGCAACUGGGCAGAAUAAAACAUCAUCUACUCUCCCUAAGAAAAUCAAGUACACCAUUAGCAUGAAAUCAAUAUUCUCAGAGGAUACAAAUUUUAUCAGAAAAUCCUAUUGGACCCCUGUCCCAACCAGCAUCAUAAACAAAUACAGUCGAGGCUUUGUAUAUCUACAAGAAAACAUUGACAGAGCUAUUAUUGAAAUGCAGACAAAUAAAAGUGUUGCCAACGUUGGUUUGCAAUACCAGUCAAUGCCCUUCCCAUGCUACAAGAGAGACCGUUUCAUUAUGAUCAUGGACAACAUGCUGCCAACCGCACUGAUGAUUACGUGGGUCCUCUAUAUCUCAGCAUUUAUAAAGAAGAUUGUACAUGAGAAAGAGAUGAGAUUGCAUGAGUACAUGAGGAUGAUGGGAGUCAACUCUAGCAGCCAUUUUUGUGCUUGGUUCAUUGAGAGUGCAUCGUUCUUAUUAAUAACAGUCAGCAUCCUGGUCCCCUUAUUGAAGUUCGGCCGAAUUAUUCCCAAUAGCAAUGGUUUCAUCCUAUUUCUCCUUUUCCUGGAUUAUAGCUUAAGCAUUAUUGCCAUGAGCUACCUCAUCAGUGCUUUCUUCCACAACUCCAAUGUGGCUGGACUUAGUGGAAGUCUGAUCUACAUCAUUACUUUUUUACCUUUUAUUGUCAUUGCCACCAAGAAUUCUGCCUUAUCGUUUUCUGCUAAGACAUUGCUGUGUAUUAUGCCGCCAACGGCGCUGAGCCAUGCAGUCCAGUAUGUGAAUUUUUAUGAAGAACAAGGCGUUGGUGCUGAGAAUGAUCUUUGUUCAUUAAAAGAACAAGAACCCAACGGUCUUACUGCGGGAGUCUCACUUUAUGGCUUAACAAAGGUUUUCCAGUCCAAAACUGCUGUCAACAAUCUUAAUUUAAACUUCUAUGAGAGUCACAUAACGGCACUUUUGGGGCACAAUGGAGCUGGAAAAACUACCACUCUUUCCAUGUUGACAGGUCUCUUUGGUGCCACUUCUGGUACUAUUUAUGUGUAUGGUGAUGAUAUUAAAACAAAUCUGGAUCGUGCCAGGAGCAACAUGGGGGUCUGCAUGCAGUAUGAUAUUCACUUUGAUCAUCUUACCACAAAGGAACACCUGCUGCUUUAUGGUUCUAUCAAAGCUCCUCACUGGACCAGGGCACAUCUACAUGAAGAAGUAAAGAAAAAUUUGAAAGAUAUAGGAUUAUAUAAUCACCGUCACAAGCCCGUGAAAGCCUUAUCCGGUGGCAUGAAAAGAAAGCUGUCAAUUUGCAUGGCCCUAAUUGGUGGUUCCAAAGUUGUGGUCUUAGACGAACCAACCACCGGUGUUGACCCUUGUUCAAGACGCAGCAUCUGGGAGGUCAUAUCCAAACAGAAGAAAGAUAAAACAAUAAUUUUAUCCACCCACCAUUUGGACGAGGCAGAGGUGUUAAGUGACCGGAUUGCAUUCCUUGAGCAGGGAAGCCUGAAAUGCUGUGGGACCCCCAUGUAUCUUAAACAGAUGUUUGGUUGUGGGUACCACCUCACGCUUACUAAAAAGUUCCCGAAUCGAGAGAACCGAGAAGAAUGCAAUGUAGAGUUGGUGACUGAUCUCAUAAAGUCACAUAUUCCAGAGGCUUGUUUGAAGGAGGAUGUUGGAGGAGAACUAGUGUACCUCCUGCCUUCAUUUAAUACUGACAUUUCUGGUGCCUACUUAUCUCUUCUCCAAGCUUUGGAUAGCAGAAUGAAUGACCUCCAUAUUGGGUGCUAUGGAAUCUCAGAUACUACCAUAGAAGAGGUGUUUCUCAAGCUGGCCGAUGGCCUUGAUGAAAAUAAACAAGAUGCCAUGGCUUGGUCCAGCACAAAGAUGGUGAUACCUAUACCUAAUGAAGAAAAUUUGUAUGUGCAGGAUGAGUUGUCUUCAACCAGUUACAGCUUUACAAAAAGAGAUGACCAGAACCUGACCAAUGAGGAAAAGCUUACUGGUGUGUCUCUGCUCCUCAAGAAAAUCAUGGCCAUCUUUAUUAAGAGGUUCCACAAUUCAAGGCGAAACUGGACAGGUCUUAUAGCUCAGGUUCUGCUCCCUGUACUCUUCAUUAGCAUUGCCAUGGGGCUAGGGUCACUUUCCUCCAAUGCUGCAUCUUUUCCAGAACUCCUGCUAACACCCAAUCUUUAUGGUACAUCUUUACAAUCUGUGGCUUUUGGUAAUUGCUUGAGCCAAAGUUGUUUGGGUCAGUGGACUUCUGACAACCAGUCGCUUUCAUACUGUUCCUGCAACUGCUCAUCUGGUGCACCGGUAUGUGAUGCAUCUUCAGCUGCUCCACCUCAUCGUCGGACCUUCUCUGAGCAGAUGCUUUAUAAUGUCUCUGGAUAUAAUAUGGAAAGCUAUCUCCUGACCACCAAUUUGCAGUUCAUCCAAAAGCGUAUUAUUACCUUGGUGAAUACUUCAAUUGCUCUCUCUGUGCUGGUCGGUUACUCCAUCAUAACUGCAAGCUUUGCAACUUAUGUGGUUAAAGAGCAUCACAGUGGGGCAAAGCGACUGCAACAUAUUGCUGGUGUUGGAGAGACCUGCUAUUGGGUGACAAACUUCAUCUAUGACUUGAUCAUCUACCUCAUACCAGUCUCCCUCUCCAUAGCAACAAUAGCCAUAUUCAAACUGCCAACAUUCUACAACUACCCCAACCUGGGUGUAAUGUCUUUGCUUUUUAUAUUAUUCGGCUUUGUCACUUUUUCAUGGAUGUAUCUUCUUGCGGGAAUAUUCAAGAGUCCUGGAAAUGCAUUCAUUACAUAUGUUUCCAUCAACCUGUUUAUUGGCAUCAAUACCAUCAUCUCCACCUCUAUCAUUUUUUACCUUCUUUUUGAGAAGUCCCCAUCUGAUAGUAAUUACCAAAGCCUGAAUCAGACCUACAAUGUUCUCAUAGAUGUUUUUAAGGUUUUCCCUCAGUUCUGCUUUGGGUUUGGAAUGAUAAUGCUGUCUCAGCAGCAAUCCCAACAAAUGCAGGUAGCAGUCUAUGGAGGUACAAGCACAACCAAUAUUUUUAGCAUGGAUAUUUUAGGCUGGAUACUUUCUGCCAUGGCUAUCCAAGGAGCAUUUUGCUUUCUGUUGAGAUUGCUAAUCAAUGAUGGAAUCAUUUUCAGUUUCAAUUUCCUCAAAAGAAACUGUAUGAAAUCUUAUCUUGUUGUUACAAAAAACCCUGAAGAAGAUGAGGAUGUCAGGGCAGAAAGAGAGCGUGUGGAUUCUGGUCAAGCUGCUACAGAUCUCUUGCAACUGCAAGGUCUCACCAAAGUCUACCACCAUGUCGGCAAAAAUAUGGUUGCUGUUAACAACAUAACUUUAAGUAUUCCAGCUGGAGAGUGUUUUGGCCUUCUUGGUGUGAAUGGGGCAGGGAAAACCACAACGUUCAAGAUGCUGACAGGAGAUGUUGCUCCAUCCAAAGGAAACAUACAAGUCAGAAACAAUGCUGGAAACUUAGAGAAUGUGUUGGGCUUUAACACAGACUGGUCAGCCUUUGGUUUCUGCCCUCAAGAAGAUGCACUGGAUGAAUUAUUGACAGGAGAAGAACACUUGUAUUUUUACGCAAGAUUACAUGGGAUCCCAGAAAAGAAGAUCAAAGCAGUGUCAUUUAGCCUCCUUGAAAAGCUGCAGCUCGUGCAAUACAAAGACAGAACCACUGCCGGAUACAGCUGUGGAACUCGGAGAAAACUCUCAACAGCUCUGGCCCUUAUCGGAAGACCUUCUAUUCUUCUCCUGGAUGAGCCUAGUUCAGGGAUGGAUCCAAAAACUAAAAGACAUCUAUGGAAAAUAAUCUCAGAAGAAGUCAAGGAAAAAUGUGCAGUGGUGCUGACAUCUCACAGUAUGGAAGAGUGUGAAGCUCUGUGCACCAGGUUGGCUAUUAUGGUGAACGGAAAAUUUCAGUGCAUUGGUUCCCUACAACACAUAAAGAGCAGAUUUGGAAGUGGUUUUACUGUGAAGAUGUAUUUAAGAGACUCCACAGUCAGUGUUGAGGCACUUACCAGCUUCAUGUGCCGUCAUUUUCCAAAUACGCAUCUUAAGGAUCAACAUUUUACCAUGGUAGAAUACCAUGUACCAGUGACAACAGGAGGCAUUGCAGUCAUAUUUGAUCUUCUUGAAGCCAACAAGUCAGACUUGAAUAUCAUUCACUUUUCUGUCAGUCAGACUACUCUAGAUGAGGUUUUCAUCAAUUUUGCCCAAUCUCAAGACAGUCCAGGUAACUUCAGUGUGAGUAGCCAAAAGCUGAACAGGUUGCCUUUGUCAAUACAGAUGUGUGAAAGCACUUAAAUGCAAAGCACUUCAUACAUUUAUAAAUGCAAAGUCUACCUGAAAGACUAUUACCUUGUGCCUGUUCAACACAUUAAGGACCUAGCCACCCCUAGCCAUCUUUUUCGAUGAUUCAAAUGCAGUUAGUAAAAUUCACUUAUUUAGAGGACUUUUGAUAAAGUGAUGUCAUCUGUAAACAUAUUUCUGAUAUCGAAUUAUAAAGUUUUGAUUUACGAAUACCAGGUUUACAGAAACCUUCUAUUCACUGGUUCUCUACUACAGCUCUUCCUCCUCUAUCUUUUGAGGCAAAUAUUCCUGCCCCUCUCCAUUACACAGAGGAUCCUGGUACCUGCCAUGGGUUCAGCCCGCCUUAUGAUGAUCUCCUGGGUUAGUCCCUGCUGCUGAGUAUGCCAUUGACUUCCACACCUUGACCACUGAGGUUUCCUGGAACAAUCAUGCAUUGGUGGCAUCAUUCUGGCAUGCUUAAUAAUGAGUUGCACCCCAUGAUUUGCCUUCUCAAUUUAAGCAAUUGGUGUCUUAAGUGAUCAGUAUUGAUGCCAGAAUGAAAGAGAGACAAUCACAAAAGUCACAUCUCCUCCUGUCUCUAUGCCGGCUACUUAUUUUUCUUCUGUGUAUUCAUCUCAAGUAAAAGAACCUGUGCAUCUCAGUGCCACUCGCCUAAAUCCCGAGGAGAGGACUUGCAGAGGAACACUUGACCUGUAUAUAUACUGUUGGCAAAGUGGUUACCUCCUCAAAGACUCAACCCUUUGGCUCUACCAUCUGCAUUUUCCAAAGAAGACGUCCUUUCAGGAUCAAGGAAUUUGUUAGUCCUGUGUGUAUCAAGCUGGAUCUACCUUACAAUAUCAAGAUUUCCAACUUCUUUUCAUGUCUCCAUAUUAAAAGCUGUUGUCAAGAAUACUUUCUCAUUGGAUUCCUCUCCUCCUGUUUCUGGUAUAGGGCAAGAAUCUGUGGUCUAGGUCGGCCCGAAAAUGCAUGCACUUAAGUGAAAAAUGUACUUUUAAAUGCAGAUCAAGAGAUAGAAAGGGAGUGCAUCUGUUUUUCUUGGGCAGGCCUACGCUCCAUGACCCCUCAUUCUAAGACCUUUAUCACAGGAGGAUAGGUAAAAACUUGACUUGUAAAACAAAAUUCUUAUUAAUGUUUUGGAUGUGCUGUAGUAGGUAUUUUUCUAAAUGUAAAAUAAAUGCACUUACAUGCCACUUUCAAUGUACUUUUGAGGAGAAAAAAAUAUUUUGAUUUUAAUAAAUGUUAUUUUUUUA